CGUCCCAGAGAAACUGCUCACAUGAUUCAACAGAGGAGGAUGCUGAUUAAACCAUUUCCUCUCUCCUCCCCUAUUUAAACUGUUCACGAGCUCUCUGUACUGCAGCCGGCGAAGGCAGAGAUUUCCUCCUGUUCUAGUGUACGGCCUGGCCAUGUUACGCUGGCUACUUGCUCUCUUCCUCCUGGGCUGUGUCUCGGCCGCUCACCGCCUCACUCAGCCCUGCUAUAAACCGGGCAAGAGAGACCAGGGAGUCAGGUCUUACACUCGGCCCCAUGAACGGCUGCCUGUGGCCGCGCUGCCAAAGGCGUGGGACUGGCGCAACGUGAACGGGGUGAACUACGUCAGCACCACCAGGAACCAGCACAUCCCGCAGUACUGCGGAUCCUGCUGGGCUCACGGGAGCACCAGCGCCAUGGCAGAUAGGAUCAACAUAAAGCGCAAGGGUGCCUGGCCAUCAGCGUACCUGUCGGUUCAGCACAUUAUUGACUGCGCCAAUGCAGGGUCCUGUGAAGGCGGUGACCACUAUGGGGUGUGGAGCUACGCUCACUCGCACGGCAUUCCAGACGAGACCUGCAACAACUACCAGGCCAAGGACCAAGCUUGUUUGCCAUUUAAUCAGUGUGGCACUUGUACAACUUUCGGAGUCUGUCAUAUUGUCAACAAUUACACACUAUGGAAGGUUGGUGACUAUGGCCAUGUCAGUGGUCGAGAGAAGAUGAUGGCAGAGAUCUAUGCCAAUGGCCCAAUCAGUUGCGGUAUUAUGGCUACAGACAAGCUGGAAGUGUACAGUGGAGGGGUAUACUCUGAGUAUCACUUCGAAUCGACCAUAAACCAUAUCGUGUCAGUGGCAGGCUGGGGUGUGGACGAGGAUGGAACUGAAUAUUGGAUUGUGCGCAACUCCUGGGGUGAACCAUGGGGGGAGAAAGGUUGGCUACGAAUUGUCACCAGUGCUUACAAAGGAGGAAAAGGAAACUUCUACAACCUGGCAAUAGAAGACGAUUGUGCCUAUGGGGACCCUGUUUUGUAGCAGGGUGUGAAUUUGACAUGUAAUAAAUUGCAAAUCUACUACUUUAAAAAUAUAUAUUUUUAAAGAGGUCAAAUGGGGGGGUAAAGAUAAUUUUUACAAACUGUGCUUGUACUAGGAAAACUGCAUUGAGUGCAGGAGUAAUUAAAGAAAAAUAAAGAUGGACUUUUACAAUGGGAGAG